AUGGCCUUAAGCCAGCAACACCAGCUCGACAGCCUGCAGCCACCCGCAUCGCAGCGGCAGUCCAUUUCUAACGAAGCGAGUCAAGGAUAUCCAGGCGAUGGACCCUUUGGAAGCUAUGGGAUACAACCGCCGCAAGCGCAACAGGACCCAGGUUGGAUCCAGCGGGUGCUUGAGGAAAUGAAAGACAUGCUUCUGCUUCUCAACGCCCAGGGUCGCAUCACCUAUGCAUCGCCGUCGGCAAAGCAGAUCACAGGCCGAUCCCCCAAACAAUUCGAAGGGAGUCCAAUCACGCAAUAUAUCCACAAUGAGGACCAACCUGUCUUCAACCGUGACAUGGACGACGCAGUCGCUGAGAACCGUGCGUUUCGCACCCAUGUGCGAUUCCAGAAAACCAACAACGCCUUCUGUCUCAUCGAGAUCUACGGGCACCCGCAUAUUGCGAAUUCGAAUGCGUCACAGGAACGGAACACCACUCCACAGGACCUAUGCACAGGGUUCUUCCUCAUGUGUCGACCUUACCCCUCGAAGAUAUCUCAGCUUCUUGAUUCUUUCCUCGAACAUAAGAUUGAAAAUGCGCGACUAGUACAACAGAUUGCCAAGCUUAACCAAGAAGAAGAGGAAGAAGCAGGCAUAGCCCGCGUUCAAUACGGCAAGACGGAUGGCGAGCAGACAAUAAUAGAUAACGCCACCGGACAGGUCAUCUUGAGCGACCAGGAGUCGAGCGAGACCGCUGCCGCACAGUCGGAUGAUUCUGGUACCAGCGAAGGGGCAGAUCUCUUCGAGCAGGCACCUCGCCCAGAGGGCAUGUCGCAUAUUGAUGGCAUUGAAGUGAUGACAGGUCUCUUCUAUGGUGACGGCGAGCGGUCACAGGGUCUUAGUACAGGUAUGCGACGGGGUCGACUAGUCCACUGUGACAUCGAUAUCACUACGGCUGCAGAUCAAGCACGAAAUGUGCAAGAGGGUGACAGACGCAAGCGGCUUAAGGGCCAGCACGUUUGUACCGAUUGUGGAACCGCCGACUCUCCUGAAUGGCGAAAAGGGCCCACUGGGCCCAAGACCUUAUGCAAUGCCUGUGGCUUGCGCUGGUCCAAGAAAGAGAAAAAGCGUCAGGAGUACAAUUGA